AUGCACGUCGGUCGCUCUAUUUCGAAGACGGUGCAUGUCGAAAUGAUACUAUCCACUGCAACCGAGAAGCCACCGCAACUGCCACGUCUAAGACAUGUCCCCACCCCAAGCUUACCCACAGCCACCUUCAGCCCAGCCUCAAUCAGCUCCUUCGAUGCGUCUUUCGAUGCUUCCAGCGGUGACAUGGCAAAUCAGACUGGCCGUGUUGAAUCGCGCUAG